AAUAUCCAAAACCAUUAUUUUAAUCUCUCUUUCUCUCUCUCUCAACUCAAUCAUUCUCUCUUCCUUUUUAAACUCUCUCCUCUCCUGGGGUCACAACCAAUCAUCGCCACGCUCUUCCCUCUCUCAAAAAGAUUCUCCCUUUUUCUUCUCUCACAAAAUCACUAUUUUCAACACAUUCACACUUUCUCUUUCUCUUCUUCACUCUAUUCAACUUUUCUCUUCAUUUUGUUAAUAAUCCAUUUCAUUUUAGGUUCAAAGGUUCUAUUUUUUUCUCUUCACGGAACCCCUUCAAGCUUUUUAGGGUUUCCGACCCCUUUUCAGUGCGGCAGAAAGGUGAUGCAAUGAAGCAGUCUUUCGAUCCUUCAUUUAUCGCUCCUUCCAAGAUUCCACCUAUAAAUACAGCUGGAAAAUUGAGGCAUGGUGCUUUGGAAGUUUCAUCUGGAUCUGAUUCAUACCACGCUUCAUCUGAUGCCAGUCUCUUUUCUAGCUCAUUACCUGUUCUUCCACAUGAAAAGUUGAACUUAAAUGAAACUGAAAAUGGUUUUCAAUCUGUUGAUGACAUCUCAACUAACUUUAAAAAACAUCAUCAAGAGGCAGAGCUUAAUGGUUCCCUUGACAAUGGUAAUAAUCACGCAAUCGGAACCAUGCUUCCUGAUGAUGACGAAGAGCUUUUGGCUGGCAUAAUGGAUGAUUUUGACUUACGCGGUUUGCCUGGUUCCCUUGAGGACUUAGAAGAGUAUGAUCUUUUUGAUAGUAGUGGAGGCUUGGAACUAGAAACGGAUCCACAGGAAAGCCUCAGUGUGGGUAUAUCUAAGUUAAGCCUUUCUGAUAGCUCUGUUGGAAAUAGUAUGCCCCCUUAUUCUUUACCUAAUGGUGUGGGAGGCGGAGCUGUUGCUGGGGAACAUCCAUAUGGAGAGCAUCCUUCUCGAACAUUGUUUGUUCGAAAUAUUAACAGUAAUGUGGAGGAUACAGAGCUGCGGACUCUUUUUGAGCAAUAUGGUGAUAUUAGAACCCUAUAUACUGCAUGUAAACACAGGGGGUUUGUAAUGAUAUCAUAUUAUGACAUCCGUGCUGCUCGGACAGCUAUGCGUGCAUUACAAAAUAAACCUUUGCGGCGAAGGAAACUUGACAUUCACUUUUCAAUACCAAAGGAUAAUCCAUCAGACAAAGAUAUCAAUCAAGGAACCUUGGUAGUUUUCAAUUUGGAUCCAUCAGUUUCAAAUGAAGACCUCCGCCAAAUAUUUGGGGCUUAUGGAGAGGUCAAAGAGAUAAGGGAAACUCCUCACAAGAGGCAUCAUAAGUUUAUUGAAUACUAUGAUGUAAGAGCUGCAGAAGCAGCACUUAAAUCAUUAAAUAGGAGUGACAUAGCUGGUAAACGCAUAAAGCUUGAACCAAGUCGGCCUGGAGGAGCUCGUCGCAAUUUGAUGCUCCAACUGAAUCAAGAGCUUGACCAAGAUGAGUCUCGAAGUUUUCGAUAUCAAGUGGGUUCACCUCUAGCCGGCUCUCCGCCAGGUAAUUGGUUACAGUUCAACAGUCCUAUUGAGCAGAGUUCAUUGCCAAAUUUAAAUCAUUCUCCUGGUUCCAAAAUUAUGAGCCCAACAACCAGCAACCAUUUACCGGGAUUAGCUUCAAUUUUGCAACCACAGUUGUCGAACACAGUGAAGGCCGCAACUAUUGGCCAGGACAUAGGAAGGAGUAGUCAUGGAGACCACAUAUUUCCCAAUAAGAUUUCAUCCGCUGGAUCUAAUUUCAACUCACAUUCACUUCCAGAGCCAAAAUUUAGUCCAUAUCGUGGAGCUUUGUCCUCGUUUGGUGCAUCAACAUCAAAUGGGUCGUCAGUGGAAACCUUGACCGCUCCACAGUUUCUAUGGGGAAGUCCAAACUUAUCCUCAGAGCCAACCAAGCCUUCAGCUUGGCCAAGGCCAUCUGUGGGACAUCAACUUAGUACAUCGAAUGGAACGAGUCAUGCUUUCCCAUACUCAAGUCAGAACAAUUCCUUUGUCAGUUCGUCUCAGCAGCAACAUCAUCAUCAUCAUGUCGGUUCUGCUCCUUCAGGUUUGCCUUUUGAAAGGCACUUCGGUUUUUUCCCCAAGUCAUCUGAAACUUCAUUGAUGAAUAAUGUUGGCUAUAGAGGCAUGGGUCUAGGGCACAAUGAUGGAAAUUACAUGCUUAAUAGUGGCAUUUCUGGUAAUGUUGGCAUUUCUAUUCCAAGAAAUAUGCCUGACAAUGGUUCAUCAAACUUCCGAAUGAGAUCUUCUCCUAUACUUAGCCCUGUAUUUUUAGGUAAUGGUCCUUAUCCAGGACUACUACCUACUGCUAUGGAGAGUUUUACUGACCGUGUUAGGAGUAGAUGGAUCGACAACAAUGGAAGCCAAGUUGACAACAAGAAGCUAUUUCAGCUCGACUUAGAUAAGAUUAGAAGUGGUGAAGAUACAAGGACUACGCUGAUGAUAAAGAAUAUCCCAAAUAAAUACACAUCAAAAAUGUUGUUAGCUGCCAUUGAUGAAAAUCACAAGGGCACCUAUGAUUUUCUCUAUCUGCCAAUUGACUUUAAGAAUAAAUGCAACGUCGGUUAUGCAUUUAUCAACAUGUUGUCACCAUCGCUUAUCAUUCCAUUCUACGAGACAUUCCAUGGGAAGAAGUGGGAGAAGUUUAAUAGUGAAAAAGUUGCUUCUUUGGCGUAUGCUCGAAUCCAAGGGAAGAAUGCCCUCGUAAACCAUUUCCAAAAUUCAAGUUUGAUGAAUGAAGAUAAACGCUGCCGACCUAUUGUCUUCCACUCAGAUGGUUCUGAAGUUGCUGAUCAGAUCGUACAAGAGCAUCUCCCCUCCAACUCCAACAAUAUGUAUAUUCAGGCAGUUAAGUCAAGUGAGUUACAAUUAAGCGAUUCCUUCGGAUACUUUCCAAAGGAUGGUCCUCCUAUGAGUUUGAAUGCAAAUUAACCUUAUAUGAGAAGAUGUAGAGUUGCUAACAGAAGGAUGUAGAUUUUGUAUCAUAAAGUAUUUUGCCAGCAAGCUUCAAAAGUUUGGUGCAUUUCGGUGAAUUUUCUGCACAGGUGGGAGUAAAAGCUGAAGGGUAAAGCAAAUAGAUCUUCAGUUUUGCUCAUUUUUUGGACAGUUUGUAAUUUGAAUGUCAAUAUGUGGUUUAGAGAGUAGUUUGGUUUGAGGUUGAGGGUUGGUAAGACAAAAUUGUAUAGAGAGAGAAAACAAAAGACAUCUUUCUAUAUUCCUCUAAUGUAUCAGAAAGUCUUGAAAACAAAGUGCUUAUUUAAAUAUAUAUGACUUAUGUUGAUAUCUUAUUGAAUAAUGAUUGUUUGUAAUUGCAUCUU